CAAAAAACAACUUUUAAAAAUCCUCAACAAACCUCGAAAAUGGUUACACCAUCAAAAUCACCUAAACAUUCCGUUACAAUGCUUGAUAAAAAACGAAUCCCGCUACGGAAAAUUAAUGACUCCUUCAGUUGCCGCUUCCGAAGCCGUUUGCUACGGGCACAAUUGGACACUAUGAAAACCAAAUGUUCCCAACUUGAAGCCAAAGUUCUUAUUCUUCGGAAAAGCUUAAAAGACGCCCACGAAACAGAACUGUAUAAAUUGGCCAUGCAAAACAGUGAAAACGAAAUCAUCAUGCAACUUCGCCUACAAGUAAGACAGUUAACGGCAGCUUCUGAAAAUCAGUCUUCGACAAACUAUCAAUCCAUCAAAGAUUCACAGCGCAUCGAAAUGCUUAACGCUCGAAUCGUAAGCAUGCGACGUCACAACGAAGAACUUCAGCGCUACAUAUCGGAACUGAGCCAGGAAGUAGUCUUCCAAAAACAACUGAUAGCGGAGCACCGGAAGGAAGGUCCAUUCGAAAGGGCGCAAGCUCUAGAGUUAGAACUGUGUCAUGUGCUCGGUGAAAAUAGCGUGUUGAAAGCUCGAUUGAAGGUUUUGGAAAAACGUGAAUCAGAAACUAAACGGCGCCACAGAUUUCGGAUGACCCAGCUAAUAUCGAAAGCCGAGAACCUUCUCAACGUGAUACAUCGAAAUCGCCCCACACAAUUUUUAUAA